AUGUCCUCCAACAAUCCUUUCGCUUCGGCCAUGGCCACAGACGAAAAACCUCAUAGAGAUCCUCCCCCACCUCCAACUCAAAAGACCCCAAAGAAGCCUCCACAUAUACCCCCACCAUCAUACGAGGAAGCUGCUGGUCCUAGAUCCAAAUCAAAAGAAUACCCACAAGAAAAGCAGUCUUCGAGCUCCCCUGUUCGCCACUCAAGGCCGCAUCGUUCACACAGUGACUCAACCAGACAUCCACGCAAGGAGAGAGACCGUGAAAGAGAUCGGGAUAGACGUGACCGUGACAAAAAGAAGUCAAGUUCAAAGAAGUCGCCUUCUAAGAAGUCGGAAGCUAGAAAUCUUGACGUUAUUGACAAACUAGACGUCAGCUCAUUCUUUGGCGGAAGAUUCCAUCAUGAUGGUCCGUUUGAUGCUUGUACACCUCACAGAAACAGGAAUGUUAAGGCUGCGCCAGUGAUGGCAUUCCCUGCUGACGGCCCAAAUAACUCCAUGAAGGCUCGUGUCAACAACGAUGAUUCUUCACAUAUGAACCUUGCCUUCGGCAAUUAUGAGGAUCAUAACACAAUAGUAGGAAGCACUGUGCCCCGCGCUAGUAAUACCACGAGUCCCUAUAAGCAACCUCUUUCAGACCCACAAAUAUCAGAAUUGCCCCGGUUGAAUCCAUCCGUUGUGGCUUUCGAUGUAAAUCAAAAGGCUGUGCCAAUUCAUGGUCCCUCGACUGAAGGUCUCGGUUCUACAACAUUCGUUGAUGGUGCUCCAGCACCUAAAGCCGAAGAACAGGCAAUCCAACAGGCUCAAGCUGCAGGUGGCUUGGGAAGAAAAAAGUCAAUUGUUCAUAGACUCAGAAAAAAUAGCGCUGCCGAAGGUCUGUCAGGUCGCAGAUCAUCCGAAGUUUCUGAAAACGGCCGGACCUCAUUUGGAGACGAGGAGGGUGGCAAUUCUUUGCUACGGAGGGUGAAAAGUUUGAAGGUCGGAAGAAAGUAG